AUGCCUCUCUUCAGCCAACUACGAGAAAGCGGCUUGUUCAUCAAUAAGAGACCUCCUCUCUGUCCUCCGCUCCGUCAUCCGCGGCCAUCCAGCCAGUUCACCAAGUUCCCACAUCACAGAUCGGAAAGAGACCAGCCCCCCGAGCCCCCCACCACAAAUCUUGUUGAAAAAUUGAAGCUCCUCGUGCAUUAUAAGAGCAGUGCAUCACGCCCAAAGACUGAGCCUGUAGCUCGCAUUUGCCAAAUGCCAUUGAAGAUUGUGAUGGGCAUCGUGGCCAACUUAUCUACAAAGGACCAGGUCUCAUUCAGAAACACAUGCACCAUCUUUCGGGAAAUGUCGACGAGGGGAUACAGCCCUCUAUUCUACCGCAUGUCUACCCACAUGGUGAGGACACAUGUCCUGUCUUUGAUACUCCGCGACUUUUGGAUAUGCGAUCUUUGUUUCCGUCUUCACCGUGUCGAUAGGAGAGAUACGCCCGGCGCCCCGAGGAGGCCAAUCUGUGCCCAGCCCCAUGUGGAUGCCAGAAGUUUCGGAUGCAUUCCCCUGGAUUUUUUCCUACAGGCAUCUCCAUUCUAUCUUAAAGCGGCGCGAAGCAACGAGCAUUCAGGGUACAGGGACCGUCUCCUGCAACGCCGCCAAAUUACUCGGGCUGUCAAGAAUUCUCGAAUGGGGUGUAGCGUCGAGGCCGCAUUCCAUCCUUUGGGCUUCGAUCGAAGGGUGGUGCUGCAUAGAUCCUGGCUCUACCGUCCAGCCAAGCAGACGGAACCCGCGCCAUAUUGGGACAUGCAAAUCUGCCCGCACCAGCGAUACAGCGAAAGGAAGUUUGAGGCGUUUGAGAAGGAGGUCUCCCAGGCAUCUGUGAAAUCUCAAGGGCCUUUCUUCGAGGUACUAUCACCUCAGCGGCACGAAUAUGCCCUGUGCAAGGCUGUGCAGAUGGCGAUUGCAUCCCCCAGCAAACACACCUUCGGGGCGUGCACACUCUGUCGUACCGACUUUUCCGUCAAGAUCAUGGCCUUGGAGACACCAAAAGGAGCACGAUCAAAGUUGGACAUCAAGGGCAGUGGAGUGCGUCGUCUUUUGCUGAGAACUUGGCAGGACCUGGGAGGCCAAUGCUUCCCCCUUUACCCGACCUGGGCGUCACACUCUCACAUCCUACACGACGUUUUUGUCCCGUUUGGCUACAUGUAUCGAUAUUGUGAGCCAGGGACUGCCUGGCGGCUAUAUGAGCAAGAGUAUGAACGGCUUGGCAAGAGGACAGAGUCACAAUGCGCCGAGAAUAAUCGCAUUGGCGCCAUGUACAGGUGCAUGGAAGAAAAAACCCAAGCCCGCCGCCCUGAAGUGUUUCAGAUCGAGAAGGGCAAGAAUAAAUUCAAGAGCCUCAAGAGAAAGCAUGAUUUCUUUUGA